UGGGAGAUGCGAUGCGAGGGCAGACGGCUAGAAAUUCCUCGUCCCAUUUUCCAUUGGAAAAACAACAGUAACGGUGCCUUAUUGAGGCUAAGGAAUGGACGUAUCGGGAAGAAAGGGUGUUCAGAGUGACGGUUACGAGAGCACAGAACAGGGGAAGACUGACCAUACGUCUUCACUACCUUCUUCACCGGACCUCGCAAGUCAAGAUUCGUCCAAAUUGGCCCUGAAGACGUACACGGCAGCCAGUAUAACAACGGAUGUGCGCGUGGAACACACACAUGUGAGCAUGUAUUGUUGUUCCCAAUGUCCUUAUACAGCAGAACAUGCGGGUUUGUUGGGCCAACACGAAAUGAAGCAUGGAUCGGAAAUGGUGCUAGAGACCCACACAGUAGUCAAUGGAACAGCUGAUGGGCAUGUGGAAGACGUAAAAGUGUAUCGCCGUUCCAAAUGUCCAUAUUCAACAGAAGAUGCUGGUUUGAUUGGUCAACACAAAAUAAGGCAUGAAUCGGAAGUGGUCCUAGAUACCCACACAGUAGUCAAUGGAACAGCGGAUGGGCAUGCGGAAGACGUAAAAGUGUAUCGCCGUUCCAAAUGUCCAUAUUCAACAGAAGAUGCUGGUUUGAUUGGUCAACACAAAAUAAGGCAUGAAUCGGAAGUGGUCCUAGAGACCAAAACGACAGCCAAUGGUACAGCGGAUGGGCGUGCGGAAGACGUAAACGUGUAUAACUGUUCCCAGUGUCCUAAUAAAACAGAAGAUGCCGGUCUGUUGGACCACCACGAAAGGAAGCAUGAAUCGGAGACCCAAUCGGCAGCCAAUGGAACAGCGGAUGGGCAUGUGGAAGACGCAAACGUUUAUCGUUGUUCCCAAUGUCCUUGUACAACAGAAGAUGCUGGUCUGUUGGGCCAACAAGAGAUUAAGCAUGAAUCGGAUACCCAAACGAAUGAAACUGUGGAUGGGCAUACGGAAGACCCAUUACACCGCUGUGCCAAGUGUCCUUAUACAUCAGAAGAUGCAGGUCUUUUUGCGCGUCACGGAAGGAAGCACAGAAAGAAGAAGAAGAGGGAAGAGACGAAAGAAUACCGCUGUCCUGACUGUGAUUAUGUAGCCACUGAAAGGAACAAUUUGAUCAGGCACCGCCGAGAAAUGCACCUGAGUAUCGAACGUGGCGGAGAGAAGCAUGGAAAGACGAGCGAAGAGAUGAUUCAAGAACGCCGCUGUCCGGAUUGUGAGUACGUAGCCACUCAUAUAAACAACUUGACCAGGCACCGCCGAGAAAAGCACAUGGGAAUCAAACGCGGCGGAGGAUUGAGAAAACACCCAUGUGAACAGUGUGAUUAUGUAGCGACUAGGAAAGAUGUCUUGAAAAAGCACAUCGUGUCCAAACAUGUCUUAACCGAUGAAUCUAUCAAGUCGUACCAUUGUGAACAGUGCAGUUUUCGCAGUGCGCACAAAGCGUCGUUACUGAAACACAAGCAGACUCACACCGACGAGAGACCGUACACGUGUCCGCACUGCAGCGGCAGCUGGAAAACGAACUUUGCGCGAAAACAGCAUAUAGAAAGGGUCCACAUGGGGGAUCUGCCGUUCAUGUGCGGCGAAUGCGGGUACAGGACGGUCCACAAGUCCCAUCUGGUCACCCACAUGAGGACCCACACUGGCGAGAGACCUUACAAGUGUACUGAAUGUGACUACCGGGCGAUGAAGAAGGGGCAUCUGAAUGUCCACAUGGCGAAACAUACACAGGGCCUGUCUUUUACCUGUGACAAGUGUGACUUUAAAGCCAGGUAUGACUACCAACUGUCUGCCCACAUGAAGACCCAUGCUUCGGUGCUGUACCAUUGCCAGGAGUGCGAUUUCGUCGCUACAAAACAACAACACUUAGACAAGCACUACAAGGCGAAACACUGUCAGGACGAGACGUAUGUCUGUAAGAUGUGCGAGUUUAAGACGGCUUACGCGUCUUCUUUAAGUCUUCAUGUCAAAACGCACAGUAAGAGACCUAGCCUGAAUAGGCGUUACAAGUGUGAUCUUUGUGAGUAUGCCAUUGGCUCAAAACAGGCUCUGGUUAAUCACAUUGCCCGCCUUCAUUACGGCAGCUAAUAAGGAA